UACGAAAGAUUUCGUUAUCGAAAGACUUGCAGUGAAACAACAAGUGUACUGUAAUCGUUCAUGAUAAUUGUCAUGUGACUGACUUUAAUCCAAUGACAAGCAAGCAAGUUUACCCUCAAGAAACAGUAGGAUUCAACGUAAAAUUUGUUCAACUUGUUGGAUGUAAAGAUUUCGAGGUUAAAAUUGACGCCUCGACUCUAGAGGACCUGAAAUGUCAAAUUGAGCUCUCUAGUGGUAUCCCAGCAGACUUGCUCAAUUUGUAUCACAAUGGAAGUCCUGUAAAUGACUGUGUUUCGUCUAUUUUCCAAACAAACAAUGGAUUAACAAGCGAAAACAUUGUGGUGAAGUUAUCUCCAGAAUGGGAGCAUUUCAUAAAAACUUGUACGAAAUCAGAAAAUUAUCAUGUUGUUCGUAGGCGUUCUAGAGUAAAGAUGCAGGUUUUAACGCAAGAGGAAAGAAUCUUUGUAGCGAGUUUUGUAGCUGCGCGUCACUCCAACAGCGCGCUUUUGUUUGGUAUUUUACCGUGCAAUAAAAGCAUCGAAAAGACCACAAAACUAUCAAAACGCAACAUUCUUCACGCAGCCGUUCAUGGCGGAGAUAAAAACUGCAUCGUUAAUAUAUUGAUGCAUGGUGGCGGGAGACUGAUCAACAAGAAAGAUGUCAACGGAGAGACUCCUCUGUCUAUGGCAAAAGACAUGAAGGACGUUGCUGACAUGUUAAAUGCAUACUAUAUGAUGACUAAACAAAGCUCGACAGUACAAGAAGAACAAUAUUUGACCAAUCACAAUCACGAACGUUCUGGGAGUUCUGAUGAAGAAAAGAAUCAAACUGAAGACGAAAGUUCCAUCGAUGAGACGAAUGAUGAAAGUUCCCAUACUUCUCACAAUGAUUCAGAGGAAAUAUUGGCAUCCUGUAAAGUCACUGCAAGCACUAAAAGUAAUCCUAAAGAGGAGUUGCUGCGGCAACAAUCACCGGAUUCUGUUAGAAAUGAUGAGAAUAGCAAGGACUUCUCAGAAAUGACGAGCGACAAAGGCCAUACCGCGUUACAUUUGUAUGACGGUCGACAAGCAGCGACAGUUGAUUUGAGCAACCUUACGGAAAUCGAAUUAAGAGCAAAAAAUAAUUGCACUGAUUCAAAUAAAAACAAUCUUCAGUCAUCUAGGCGUCGUAAGAUGGGUCUUCCUUCUUUCCAUGUUUUGCCACAUUUCUCAAAUCAUGACGUAGAAUCGUCAGCAGUCAAAGAAACGACUACUGACGUCACUGGUGUGACUGUAAGAGACUUACUAGCCCCAAAGCCCCCAGCAAGUCCUGUUCCUGAAAGGAGAAGAGUGACAAAUAUCAAAUACUUGGAUAGUAAUGAUGGCAGAUUGAUUACUACAGCUCGACAAAGAUCCUUCUCAACAUCUUAUACACCAAACACUAGACUCUUGAACAGAGACAGAGAAAGAACAAGAGUAUGUAGUGAAUCCAGCAAAGAAGAAAAUACACCAAGACAUAUCACAUUUCAGCAAUGGCUUGUGAACAAAAAUGAGCAAAAACGAAAAGSUUCUUUGUCUAUUCCAAAAGAAAAAGACAGAAGAUUAUCUCUUGGUAGUCCAGUACUCAUUUCGCCCAAGACCGAGAGAAAGUUGUCCAUCCCCACCGCCAUAAGCAUUUCUCAUGGAAACACUUGCGAGAGAUCAAGCGAGGCUUUUAAAACAUGGCUGCAUAAAAAGGACGAGGAGGCCUUGGAACGAGACUUGAAAUUAUUGAGUAAGGUGAUAUCCCGGUCAAAUGAAAGAAAAAAAGAAGACAUUCUUUUACAUCUUAAAACAAACAAAAGGAGAUCGUCGAAAGCGGACAAAUAUUGGCGAUUUUAAUAGUUGAUGCCAAAAGGAAUGAUAAAGCAGAAGAAACGCACAGCGUGGACUUCAUCUUCAAACGUACUGGAAGAAACACGUUAGAAAAGAUGAGACAUUCGAUCACAUAUAUUUUUAUAAGGAUAUGUCGUACGACUCCAUACAGGGUCACCGAUGGUCAACUUUUUUAAAAAAAUGAGAGACUAAACUAAACUUUAAAGAAAUAUUUAACGGGAAGUAUGAAGAUUCGAACCCGGCGCGUAUACAUACUAUUUCCUAACCCUAUAUUAACACCUCGAUUAUUGCAACAGCCUACUGUUUGGAUUACCAUUUUCUGAACUUUCAAAACUUCAGAGAAUACAGAACACUGCUGCAAGGUUGAUUACAGGUGCCAAAAAAAGAGACCACAUUACUGCAGUCCUUCACGAUCUCCACUGGUUGCCGAUACAUGCUAGGCUUGAAUUCAAGAUCCUACUACUCACCUAUAAAUGCCUCCAUAACCAAGCUCCGUUAUACCUGUUUGAUCUCAUCAAACCUUACAAACCUACACUACGCUCUCCUACAAAGUCUCUACUACAGUCAAACUAUUGUCCUAACACUCAGUACUAUGAUGAAAGAUCUUUUUCAAUUUCUGCUCCUAAACUAUGGAACAUCCUACAGGGAAAGCAGGGGCGUGUCCAGGAUUUUUCAGAGGAAGCUAAUAUUAAAAUAUUAAGUACAUUACAAUUAAUUUCACUCUUUAGUCUCAUGUGAAAUUAUCUUUUUCUCGGGCACACCUAUAAUAUUUCGGACUUUUCGACAAACGUUUAUAUCAAAGAUAUAUAUGAAUAUAUAAACAUCAGUUACAUCAAA